AUGAAUUCAAAACCCUGCGUUUACUACAUAGCCUCAAUUUUACUGAUAUAUCAUAUCAACAUUGUGAAGAUAACCACAUGUUAUGGGCCCGAAGGACCUAAAGCGCUACCUCGCGUCACUGUGCUUUCAAGUCACACGCUUGACUUAUCACAAUGGCGUGCAAACCUGGACGUAGAUGUUGUCAAAUUUCCCGCCGGAAACCUUAGUUUUUUUGACGCUCUGAAAGUUGCAGAAAUUAUCUCUGGAGCAACACAAGGUUUAAAUGGAACUAAGGCCAUUAUAGGCUCUGGCAACAAAUUAUUAGAUAGGUUGAUUGCAAACACGCUUGGAUUGUUGGUGGUUCCAUUCAUAAGUUAUUUGAAGCAGAAUGAUUAUCAGGGUCAGCUUUACCUUAAUCUCAGUCCUUCAAUAAUUACGGAUCACAUUGCCAUUGCUUUUAACAUCGCCGAUGAACUCAGCUGUCAGCAUGUUACAAUGUUUACGUCCAGGUCUCACAGGUCAGAAAUUCUGCAACAGAUUCAAACGAGAGCAAAAAGGUCUUAUGUUUCUGCAAGCGUUGCACAAUUGCAGCUUAAUGACACACCUAUUGGGAUUAUGAGAAUGAUGCAAGAGAUUUUCCAAAUUGCCAAAAACUACAACUCAGUUUUAGUUAUAAUGGAUUGCAGUGAACAAGACGCGUCGCUGCUCAUAGAAGCUUCUCAUUCUGUCGAUACGAUAGUGCAAUUUCAUGUGCAAUGGUUGUUUCUGAGAGGGGACGAACAGAGCACCGACAAAGUGGAAUAUCUUCCUAUAAAUAUGUUGAGCCCACGUUCAAAGUUUGAUAGAAGGUACUGGGUGCAAGACGCUUUGCUCCUCCUUAAUGGCUCGCUUUACACACAAGACUAUGAGAAUAAAUUUGGAAAUGCUGGAUCCAUCUGCUCAAAUGUUACCAACCAAUUUAUGUUAUAUAAGUGA